CCUGCCUUUCCUUCACCUACCUCUUUCCUCCCACCUUCCUUUCUUCCAGUCUACUCCUCCUCCUCCUCUCCACCAAAUCUCGAAAUCCAGCGCAGAUUUGCGCCGAGGGAGCGCGUCGACGACGCGUCCAUGGCCGCCGCCGCGUUCUCCAUCAGGGAUUACGCGGCGAGCAUGAGGUGCAAGACAGGGGCGGAGGGGCUGCUUCUCUUGGGAAUCGAGGAUCUCCCGCCUCUCAGGGCGCCGAGGUGCCGGUGGUGGGCGGACGAACUCGCCUCCGCCGUGGCUGCCGCAGCUGGGGCGGCGUCCCCGAGGAGGGCGCCAGGGAAGGCGAAGCCGACGAAGAAGCGGUCCAUCUCCGACCUCUUCGCCGCGGCGCCCCCCUUGGCCGCGCCCCCCGCCGGUGAUGCCGGAUGCAAAGAGCAAACGGAGGUGGACGACGACGAGGCGCUGUGCGCGAUCGCGAGGCGGGCCAAGGAGGAGAAGAAACGGAAGAGAAAGCUGCAAGAAGAGGAGGCGGGGCAGAAGGAGGAGACGGCGGCAGUUGCUGCCGCGCCGGAGAGCAGCGGAGGCCGGGAGCCCAAGGGGAAUUUCGCUGCCAGCAAGGUACGUGGUCCAGCCCAACCCAAGUUUUCUCUGUCUGCCAAUGCAAUGAUAUUGCCUGCCACGUAUUUUUACCUUUUUUAUCUCGUAAGAAUUGAUGGAACGAUUGGUUCCGGUCUUGAUUGACUUGCUCAGGAUGGUUAGAUGCUUGCUAGCUCCAUAUACGUAAUUAGAUUUUGGUUGUCUUACUGCCAUGUUAUUAGUAGUAUUAGCAGCUAAUGUGAUUGUUAUUUGUCGAUACAUAUUGUGGGGGCAAUUAGUUAUGGCUGGUUCUACAUGGGAUAUUGUAUGUUAGAUGUGCCGAUCCCAGUUCCUAAUCUAUUCUGAACCAGGCCUAGCUAGUUCGUCUAGAAGAUUGUGUGGUUACUCGAUAAUGGCUGCUUGCAGGUGCACGUCGAUUUUCUGGCCAAAACCUUUAAGCGGCUUGUGCUAACUGCUAACGUUAACGAUCAGUGUGUUUUCUUUCUUGGUACAUUUGCUAGCACUUUUUUACUAUCUAUAGGCGAAAAUCUUGUUAUUUCAUGCUUAAUUGUGGACUUUGAUCGAUCAGUCCAAGUCGGGGAAUGGGACAUAAUUCUUGUGACCAUUUGUGCAAAUCUUGGACGAACUUGAUGACGUUGAUAGCUGCUCAUGCAGUGACUUAGGACCAAUAUCAUCAUUAAGAAUCCGAUAGAUUAUAUGAUGACCACCAAUAAUCGAACCGCUAGUGGUAGUGCACUCUAGACCGGCUAGCUGGUACUGCACAGCAUAUGUACCAUAUCUUAGAGCAUCUACGGCAGGACCUCUCAAACUCGCCUCAUACACCCGGCAGGCCGCACGGUCAUUGUCUAGUCACGUUUUUUGUCCCAGACGGGCUUCAUAAAAGGGCCUCAAACGCCCGGGCUGACCGUCACCCCAUAUCCAGCCCAAAUAUGGGGCAAUAUGGGACGUUCGGGAACGCCCACCACGUCGGUCUGACGGCCUGACGGCGGGGUCUCACGUGGAAACGCCAGGAAACCCGAUGGUCUGACGAAUGCCGCGUCCGUCGCUGCGCACACCGCGUGGAGCUGCUCCGGCUCGCCGCCCAAGACCAAAUCCGACUAUUUAAGUCGGCCGGCGUCUCGAAACCCUAACCCAUCCACCUCCCCCCUCUUCGCCGCCGCCAGUCUGAGCUCAUCCACCUCCUCCCUCUCCCGCUCCGGCGCUUUGCCCCCGGUCCGACGCUCCGCCCACGCUCUAGCACUCUGCCAUGGUUCGGAGCAAGAUCACCUACUACACCAUGCUGACGCCGGAGCGCCGCGCCGAGAUCCAGCAAGAGAUCCAGGCGAGGCAAGCCGCGCGCGCCGCCGGCAUCGCUGCCGGGGAAGAGGAGGAGAUGGCUCUGAUGGAGGUGGAGGAGGGG